CAGCGUGACGUCAGACGCACGUCUCUGCCCUGAGGACGUCCAUACGCUCUAACGACGCACCGGGCCGCAGCCACCGGGAGACCGAGAAGCGCCUCUGGGAGGGGUAGGCGGGGCUGAACAUGAGGUGGAGAAGGAUUUAGUACUUUCUCCAGACCCCGAGUCUGUGGAGCAGGAACGAUGACGCAUCGGACAGGUGACCGAGACCUACAGUCCUCUGCUAGAAGAAUGGGCACGUCUCUCCUUUUUCAGCUGUCAGUCCAUGAGCGAGAGCUGGACUUGGUAUUUCUAGACCACAGCUAUGCAAAGCCUUGGAGCGCCCACCCAGAUGCCAGUAAUGCCCGUCCCACUCGUACCCUGUUCAUUACUCCACGGAGACAACAAGAAAGUGCAGUUGAAGCAGAUGUUCCCAUUGAUGUUGAGACCGUCUCUCCAUCACCCAUGCCUUUAUAUGACAACCAGAAGGCAAGAAGUGUUAUGAAUGAGUGUGAACGCCAUGUGAUUUUUGUACGCACGGACACUGAAGCUCCACCACCCCCUGAUGACUGGGAAGAUCACGUCAACAGAACUGGCUGGACUACUUCCCAGAAUAAACUUUUUAAUAAGAUUUUGAAAGCCCUACAAUCUGACCGUCUUGCUCGACUCGCUAAUGAUGGUGCAGUCAAUGAACCAGUCUUGAGAAGAAUUGCGGUGGAUAAGUGUGCACGUCGUGUACGACAAGCUUUGGCCUCUGUAGGCUGGGAUACCAAGUUGGUUCAGUGGCUGCAUACGACUCUUGUGGAAACACUCAGCUUGUCCUUACUUGCUGCUUAUCUGGAUGCAUUGCAGACGCUGAAAGGAAAGAUCCCUGCUCUUAUUGACCGCAUGCUCCUGGCGUCCACUGUGAGGGCAGGAGGCGCUAGCGCUGAAGCUUUAUCUUUGCUGUUGAAGAGACCAUGGGACCCAGCAGUUGGAGUGUUGUCGCAUAACAAACCUAGCAAGCUUCCAGGCUCCCCUCUCAUCCUUAUUGCCCCAUCAGGACCCACAAACUCUAUUUUCCCCACCUCGCGGCGGCACAGAUUCUGGCAAUCUCAGCUUUCUUGCUUGGCCAAGGUCAUCCCUGUUGGCUCCCAACUGAUAAACAGUGGUGCUGGGCAAACCUCUUUACAGUGCCUGGAAAACAUGAUUGCCGGAUUACGGGGGAAAGUUAUUGAGGUUCACAAUCAUUUUCCUCACAAGCCUGUCAUUUUGAUUGGGUGGAAUACCGGAGCUUUAGUUGCUUGUCAUGUUUCUCUUAUGGAAUAUGUGACCGCCGUGGUAUGUUUGGGAUUUCCUCUACUCACUAUUGAUGGGCCCAGGGGGGAUGUUGAUGACCCUCUGCUUGACAUGAAGACACCAGUUCUUUUUGUGAUUGGUCAGAACGCUCUUCAGUGUCACCCAGAAGCAAUGGAGGACUUCCGAGAGAAGCUCCGAGCUGAUAACAGUCUGGUCAUUGUUGGAGGGGCUGAUGAUAAUCUUCGGAUAAGCAAAAUUAAGAAAAAAACGGAGAGCCUGACACAAAGUAUGGUGGACCGAUGUAUCCAGGAUGAGAUUGCCGACUUCCUUGCAGGGGUCUUAACGCGAGCAGAUGGCCAUUCUGGUUCUGAUCCGCGUGAUCUUGAUGCAGAGAAGAAAAAAAAGCCAAGAGAGUUCCUGAGGAGAGACUUAUCACUUGAUCUGUCAGAGAGGAACAGCAGGCCAGCCUCUCCUGCAGCUCGUUUCCCUGCUUCCCCUUCUGGUUCUGAGGAUUUGUCCAGCAUGUCGAGCAGCCCAGCUUCCAGCCCUAAAACCAAGUUAACUGCGAUGUCCUCGUCACAUAAACCGGGACAGACAACUGUGCCUAUAAAGACUCAGAUUCAAAGACCGGGAGCCACCGUGAACCCUAAACAAGCUCAAGCUCAGUUUGCAGCUUUCCUGAAGCAAAAUAUGCUGGUGAGAAAGUCCCUGCCGACAGGCUCGCCCUCCUGUGUGUUUGUCCCCGUCUCUUCAGAAUCUUCAGAGGAAAAAGAUGAUCUUCGAGGACAGUUGAAGAGGCCUCCUAGUCCUGGAGGUAACAUUGGAGUGAAACCUUCCAAGCGUGCCAAAAUCAAAGUGACCAUUGUCUCCCAUGGAGAUGCAUCAGGAGGAGAAAACACCACUUCACAGGAAGCUUUAAAGUCUUCAUCCACAGCCAUGAUUGGCCAAUCACCCGUGGGCUCCAAAGAGAUAGCCAGCCUUCUGACAUCACCAAAACUGGUAUCUGAAAAUGUACCAUCCAGCGGUGUCUCUUCAGCCCUGAUCCCCAAUACAUCUGCCCCUAGUGCUUUUCACUCCAUCCAGAGUCGGUUAGCUUCCAGUAUUUCUCCCGCUGUACAGCACCAACAGGCAGGAGCAUUGACAGGUACGAGUUCUGGAGCCUCUGCCAGCAGCCUCCUGCAGGGGUUAAGUUUCAGUCUUCAGGAUAUAGGAGGUAAAUCACCUGCCCUCCCCAGCACUACAGCCAAUACUGGAUCCACCACACAGGCAAUGACUGUCAAAGCUCCUGCCCAGCUCCAGGGAUUGGCCACCAUCACCACCGGAUCUGGCACAAUCCUGCGCACUAUACCUGUAGUCACUGCUUCCUCCUCCCUUGUGGCAUCAGCUGGUGGGAAACCAACUGCAAUCCAUCACUUGCUUACAAAUGGUGGCCUAGCAAAACUGGCUAGUAGCAUCCCUGGUCUGGCACAGUUAUCCAGCCCGUCUGCAGGUUUAAAAGCACCAACCACCAUCACAGUCACCCUUCGUGGUCAGCCAGGUCGUGUUGGCACCCUCAGCCAGGCCAAUAUGGGAGUAGGGUCCCAGACUAAACAAGAUGAUGUCUCCCAACAGGCAAUAGAGUCUUCCUCCACCACGGUUUCUGCUAGUAAACUUCUCCCCCCUCUUGUGACAGAGCAGUGCAAGGUAUCAACAUCCAGCGACAGGACACCUGGGGAAAAAACAUUGUCAAUAGUGCGCGCUGUGACCCCUCCAGCAGUAACUACAAGUCCACCCAAGACAUUGUACGUCAUGUCAGAUGCCAAACUUUCGGCAUUAACCAAAUCUGUGGGCAGCGAACUGACUUCUCUACCCCUCAAACCUAUGACCUUACAAAGUUCGUCAGCUGUCAACCCUGGAACAGUGACUUUUACUACACCGUCGCUUGCCAGUACAUCGAAUCCAGCCUGCACCAUGGUGCUGUCCAAGAUUGGCCCAGUUUUACAGGCGUCUUCUAAAACUGUCAUCUUGGCGAAGACCGAAGCAAGUGAGAAAACUGGAAACCACUUAAGUGCGGUGGAGAGUCUAGGCAGGGUACCAUCGGUCGUCGAUGAGGGCAGCACCAUAAUUCACAGCCGAGAAUCACUGGUCAAUAGGCAGCUUCUGCAACCCUCUUUGAUAGCAUUGUCUGGCUCUAGUAAUAUGGUUCAAGGCCCUGGGACAUCAGCCAAUCAAAAAACACAAUGACUACCUGUUUGGUAUAGAAAAAGCUAAACAAGCAGAAGAAAGCAAAAGCUCUUGAAUUCACAUCGCCCUUGUGUCUCCUGCUAAGGUUUUCGAACCUAACGUUUACACGGACAGUGCGUUCCUGCUGUGCACAAAUCCAAAGACAUGUUUGAUUGCUGUUUUAUUCUUUUGUGUGUAUGAUGGAAAUGUCAAAGCACGUCCACGGGCAAGAUAACUAACUAAUCUGUUUAAGUACUGUGAGUAACCGGAAUUGGUGCAACGAGCCUAAGUGAUAUUGCUGGUGGCUUUGCCCAGAAAAGAUCCCAACAUUACCAGGCAAAAAUGAUGUUAGUGCACUUCCACCUGACUGAGAUUCCCAUGCGUCUCUCUUUUUUGUGUGUAUCAGCAAAGUAGCCUUUAGGAACUAUUGCCACUUUUGUACGAGAAAUGGAAGGAGAGACCAGAAGCCAGCAAAGCAAGCAAUUUUCUUGUAUAUAGUUAGCAGGGAUGUAUCAGUUGUAUAUGUUUGUAAAAUAUGUUACAAAUAGGAAUUUUUAGAUGUGUAUGACUAAUAGUAAGUACGUUUGACACGCUGUAAAUUAUAUAUAAUUUCAACAAGGAGUCAUAAAAGUGGA